CAAGUACUACAGUUCCGAAAACAAGAUAUCCUGCUGUAUAGUAUCCCCACAAUGUCUCAAGAUCAGAAACCUAGCUCAUACUCAUACUCCGAAUCUCAUUUCCCCACUGCAACAGUCCUCUACUCCCACAUCACCGAACAAGUCCGCGGCCACGGAAACAAUCCCAACCCCGUUCACGAUAACAAUUUUAUCGUGACUUACUCAGACGUUGGUCCCUUUUGGGGCAAAGAUGCUGACUUUGCACUUGAACGGCAGAAAUGCUUUGAGCUAAGUGUUAUCAAGUAUUCACCUUCCCAGAAUCACCAUACAAAAUCAUCCAAAAAGUCCCCAGCUUCUCCAUCUCGCAUUCCCAGUGUCUAUUACCGCGCAUCGUUUUCGAAUGUGGGUGGACCGAGAGUAAUCCAGACACCCCAGACGGGGCUGAUGUGUGGUAAUGGGGAGGUCCGAGUGGGUGUUUUGGUGAUGUGGUCGUUGGACUCGGAGGCGACGAUGCAGGUUCGAGGGACGGUCGAGGUUUGGACGCUAGAGGGUAGUAUGGACGGAAAGCCGCGGGUUAGUCAGGUUGAGACAAUCUUUCCUAUGUCAAAAGUAGCAGAGCCUGCUAGUCAGACUCUCAGAUUGACCCGUGGGAAGUUGUUUCAAUAUUAGUCCAGAACGUAAUGCUGGGGACGUCUUUGAUAUGCCUCUUGAUUCUCUGCGCAAAGAAGCUAUCAGACAAAUAGAG